AUGGGAAAUGACCAUGGAAAAUCAGACAAGGCAAAUAAAAACAGUUAAGCUAAGAAGGCGCUAUCUAAGAAGCUUUAAACUGACCUUAAUUAAAAAUUUGAUAAAAUCAAUAGGUUGAUGGAAAAAGUUAUGAAUGUUCCAAUAGAGAAUAUCUAGUAUAAAAAUAAUCUCAAUGAAAACUAUUAGUUUAUUUUGAAUUUUUUGGUUGAGGAAUAUGGGAAAUUUAAGAAAGCAAAGCAAUUCAUGCUUGAAAGGCCAGGCCCUCAAUUCUAAAGGAUUUCGGCUUGCUUUGAAAGUCUCUUUAACAUGAAUAAGAAAGAUUCGUUGUAUUAAAUUUUUGAAAAUUCUAAAAUACAAGAUAAAAUUACAAUGACAGAAAGAAAAAAAUUGAUGAUUUUCUAUCAUAUUAGCGUAUUGGAUAAAUAUUAAAGGGCUUUAAGCAUGUCAGAUGGCUCAAUUAAUUAAGAAAGCUUGUCAAAAAUUAAUGAAAACCCAAAGAUUUAUGAAACAAAUGAAGAACUGAAAAAGAAAUAGAGAAAAGAAUUUCGAAAUAUAGUGAUAAAUAUAAUAAAAGAUGAUAACUAUUUCGUUGUUAAUCCUACUUUGUAAAGAUUCAAUUAAAUCUUAGAAUAAAAUUUCUAUAGAGACCUAAAAGAUAAAGUUAACUCAAAUGAUAAAAGGUCUGUGUAAGAAUUCUAUAUAAAAAUGACAAAAAGACUAACAAAAGAAGAAGCAGACUUUAUUUACUAUUGCUUUCAACUAAUAACUAUUGUUCUCACUUAAAAUGUGCAAUUCUUAUUAUAAAAAAUAUUAGGCAAAUUUGUUCCCUCUAUAUUUAUGGGAGCUAGGGAUUUGUAUGAACAAAUAUUUUGUGGAUAAAUUGUCGAAAAACUACUUUUUAGAACAAAAAAUAAAAUUCUUUUAUAAUCAGCAAUAUAUGUGAGUUUCGUAUAGACUAACUAAAACAAAGCACUUAAUUUAUAAUAUGACGACAGAGAACUCAAUGAAUUUCUUUAAGAAAGAUGUCUCUCUAUGCAAUUUACUAUGAAUAACAAAAGCCUUGCUGAUGGUUUAUUAGGGCGUUAACAAUCUAUAUUUAAUUAAAAUUACCUAAACAUAAGUAGUAAUUUAAAUUCAAAUACAUUAAAUAACAUUGAUACCAACCGAAAUAGCACUUAUCUGAAGAACGGCUCUCUUGCUAGAGAAAAAAGCCCAAACAUACCUGAAAAAAAAGUAUAGGCCAACCAAGAAUAGAAAACUAACGCUAACAUCAAAAUGAUUAAGUAGUUCGCAAAUUCUAGAGAGUCUUUUAUUAUAAGAAAUAAUCCCGGUGUAGUUUAAUUAAGACGCCACACCUUUACAAAUGUUUCUGAGAGCAUACACCAAGAAAAGCAGAACGCCUUAGAUAGUAUUCAAGAAGAGGUUGCAAGAUAAAGCAAUUAGUUCAACGAAUCAAUAUUUAGCGAAGAUAUUGAUAAAAGCGAAAAACUUAGAGCAGCAAACAACAUUUAAGAAAUUCAUGAAGAAGAAUAAUAAAAAAAUUAGAUUGAAUAAUAAUAAUAGUAAUAAAAUUAAACCUAUAUAGAAGUAGAGGAUCAUCUAAUUAAGAGAUCUCAUUUAUCAGCUUAAUAUCAUCAUCAAGCUCAUUAGGAACAUUUUCAAAUGGAAGUGACAUCAGAAAUUCGCUUUUCUAAAAGAGAAAAUAAUAGUUCCUAACCUAAUUUUUAAUCACCAUCAAUAUAAAGUUAAAAUUAAUAAUCUAACUAUGAUUAGAGUCAGUAAAUUAAAUAGGAAUUACAAAAAAAAGAAUAAGUAGAUGCUUAGAAUUUAGUUGAAAUAUUUUAAAGCUAAAAUAAUUAGAAUUUCAUGGAUAGAGAUACAUUUUAUGGAAAGGACAGAGAAGCUCUAUACAAUAACAAAAAUAGAGAUACAAUAUAUAAAAUUCGCUCUGAAAAAGACCGCUGUUUCAGCUAAUGCUUAAAGAACUACCUUUAGGAGAAGUAUAAAAAAUAUCUUGAAGAAAUUUAUACACUAUUAGAACAAUGCUUAUAUGAGCAACAAUUCUUUAAAAAAAUUAAAAAAGCCUUUAAAUUUGUAGUUAAGUUGUAAGACAGAUUUGCAAAGAAUUCAGUUAACUUUUAAGCAUCAGCUCUUUUCAUUGAAGAAAAGGACAAUUGGUAUCAAAUAAUCAGUAUGGUUUUGAAGAGCUAUUUGAUUAUAAAACCUGAAAGUCGCUGGGAUCUUUACUAUAUGAAUUCUUUAAUCCAACUUGUCAGCAUGCAUGUAAUUGAAAACACUCAUGUUUAGGAUUUCCAAGAACAUUUGAAAGAUAUUCUUAUGAUUAAUGAAACUUCAGAAAGCAACUUGUAAUCAUAAGUGUAGACUCCUAUUUAAUACAGUGAAAUCAACAAUCUUGAAGCAUUUUAAGACGAUAUUAACUUGCAAGAUCCAUAGUUCGAUAUGUUAUACAACAAUAUGAGAAAUAGUAUCAGUGGAUAUCAAGAAAACUAUAAAAAAUAAAUAACAAAUUAAAGUUUCUUAGACUAAAAUUAGUAAUAUUUGAAUGAGAAUUCUUUGAUCAAAACUAGCACUCAAUGA